AUGCGCCGCUGUCUGUGGACAGCACGUUUGGUGUCUUGCCAUACAGCGGCCUCUCCGUCCAUCUUCUCGGAGACCUACUUCGGAAGUGCUGGUGGCACAGGGUCCGACUCUCAAGUUGUCGACUGUGCUUUCCCGAACUGGUGGAUCAGGGCGGGGUUUUCCUUAUCAGAUUACAACCCAACCGGCAGCUCUCCAUACGCUGGCUCGCCCAUGGGAAUGCUGCGAGGGCCCAGCAACAACCACGCGAAUGCCAUAAUGACACGCUUCGGCUCGAUGACUGGUACAAGUGCGUCGAGGGUGAUGCGACUGUCAGCGGGAGCCUCCACGGAGGACCACAUGGGCAGGUGGGCAGCAGCUCGGGCGGCAACAGCGGCGACUUCGAGGACCCCGGUCACAUCGCCGAAUGACCCCCUCUUCAUGUUCCAUCAUGCAAAUGUGGGCCGCAGCAUGCGUUGGUGGAUGCUGAAAAAUGCAGCCAAGCGCAGCACCUUCUACGGCUUUCCUGCAGCCCACGCCGAAGGCAUUCGCGAGAAUACCGGGAGCUACUAUUUGCAGAACCUCCUUGACGUGAUGUCAAGCACCUCAGGUUUCACCACUGCCGACCUUGGCUUCUCCGAUGCCUCCUCCGGUUUCCAGACCAACGCGGAUCUGCUUUGCCACAACGGUCCCCCCACGAGUGCGUACACCUAUGACACGGAGGUGGCAUGCUCUGGAGGAAGCACUGCCUGCUCGGCGGUUUGGGGCGAUACCACGGACGACAGAGGCCGGGACGACAGCUGGCGCGACACAGGCAGAAGCCACAGUGGCCGGGACGACGACAGAAGCCGGGACGACAGAAGCCAGGACCCGCGUUAG